CCCCCCCCCUUCCCGCCCCCUUCUUCCCGUUGCCCAUCACCCGCCGCACACGCGAUGCUCGUCGCUUGCUUACUUUUGAACGGGAAAUGUCCGGGGCCCCCCGUAUUCGCUUCCUAUCUUCCUAUUCCAUCCAUCCAUCCAUCCAUCCAUCUAAUCCGUCGAUAUGACGGUCGGAGUUCGCUGAUUUCCCACCCCGCCAAGUCCCAAUACACACACACACACACAUCAUAA